CCUCAUUCAAGGAGCAGUUUAUCGUUAUGCCAUCAGUGAGGAAUGAACUAGUGAUCUCUGUCCCAGAUCUUUGACUGAGUUCUUCUGAAGAUUAAGCUAUUUAGUGGAUUUAUACCUAAGAGCCUCAGGUUCAAAAGUUCAAGGAAAUGUUUAAAAAGAAGAAGAAGAAGGAGGACGAAGUAAAUGAACCCCAGACCCCAAGCCCAGACAAUCAGCCAAAUGGUGAGAUCCCAAACUCAGGCCCUAUUAUUUAUUAUAUCUAUGAGUCAGAAGAAGAGGAAGAUGAAGAUGAUAAGAAAGAUGAACCUCCUCCAGAGCCCCCUCAGCCGGUCAAUGACAAACCUCAUAAAUUCAAGGAUCACUACCUGAAGAAGCCUAAAUUCUGUGACGUGUGCGCUAGAAUGAUUGUCUUAAACAACAAAUUUGGACUGAGAUGUAAAAACUGCAAGACUAACAUUCAUCACCAUUGUCAGUCCUAUGUGGAGUUCCAGAAAUGUUUUGGGAAAAUACCCCCUGGUUUCCGCCGGGCAUACAGCUCCCCCCUGUACAGCAAUCAGCAGUACGCCUGCGUGAAGGAACUGCUGCCUUUCUCUGCUGCCAAUCGCACAGAUCCUGUGUUUGAUACUCUGAGGACUGGAGUCAUCAUGGCAAACAAAGAAAGAAAAAAAGGGCAAGAUGACAAGAAAAAUCCUGCCACUAUGAUUGAUGAGGAACCAGAGCCCCCAAAACAAGAGGAAGGGAAGCAGGAAGGAGAUUCUCCUGAUGGUGAUAAAAAAGGAGAUAAAAAUGCGCAGGAUGCAAAGAAUAAGAAGGCACAACCUGGAGUGCGGGGAGGCUUCAUGCAGUCUCACUAUUUUGUUGCUCUUUACCGUUUCAAAGCACUGGAGAAGGAUGACCUGGAUUUCCAAGCUGGAGAUAGGAUCACAGUCAUUGAUGACUCCAAUGAAGAGUGGUGGCGGGGUAAAGUAGGUGAUAAAGCUGGCUACUUUCCAGCUAACUUCAUAAUUCGUGUGCGAGCUGGUGAAAGAGUGUACAAAGUAACCCGAUCUUUCGUUGGAAAUAAAGAAAUUGGACAGAUAACACUAAAAAAAGACCAGAUUGUGGUACAGAAAGGAGAAGAAGUAAAUGGUUACAUCAAAGUCUUGACUGGACGAAAGGUGGGACUUUUUCCUGUAGACUUUCUACAAGAGAUAUGAGGAAGAAAGAACAACGAGAUGACAAAUUAAAAGAAGAGGAACAUGGCAAUGACUGACAUAGUGAUCACAUCCACCUUUGAACAUUUGAGAAGAAACUUCUUUACUGGGGAACAGGGCACACAGCAAAUACUAUCUGGAUGUUGAGAGUUCUUGACAAUUUGUUCUUAGCUCUUUAACUCUGGCUGGACUAGAGAUGGUAUCAACUAGGUGUCAACUAAUCCACACUUACAUAGUUGACUCUGUUUUGGGGCACCGAGGCAUCUACAUGUGCUAUGAGUCAGAUACCUAGGUAUCAGUUACUCCACACUUACACAGUUGAAUGUUUUCUGGGCUACUGAGGCGUCUACAUGUGCUGUAAGUGAAAAACACUGUAAAAUCAUUCUGCAAUGAUUGGUAAACUGGUCACUGGUCUGUUGGUCAACAUGCCAGAUAUUGAGUAGACUUUAUAACUUUUCUGACUAGGUGAAAUGUUAUAUUCUGUCAAAUUCCCUUCCUUCACACUGUGAAAUGAACUAUAAAUUAUGGAUAUUUUCUGAAAUCUCUUCUCCAUCUAAGUGCCUUAUAAGAGAGCGAUCAAUUACACACGCAACAGAUACAGAACACUUUUCUUCUUCAUGUAGCAAUUACUGUUUUAGUUUUUCUGCUUUUUUAGCUAUACAGUUUAAAUACACAUAGUAGAAAUGGAAAAUGUAAUAUUUAUUUUAAUGAAUAGUUUGCAUUCUUUUAAAGCAUUAGAAUUUCUCCUUUUAUUAAAUGUCUCUCUUUUUUUUGUUUCAGCUUGCUUUAGGUCGUAGCUCUAGGGCUGUUUCACACGAGCAGAUGCCGUGCGUGAGAUCCGCUGCGUGAAUG